AUGGAGGGGCAUGGUCUUUGGAAAGAGGUACUUGAAUCAAAAUACGGGUCAUGGAGGAAUCUUAAUGAAACUAGUAUAUCUAGAUAUACAUCUAGGUGGUGGAAAGAUAUCCAUAAAGUUUGCGGUAACACUGAGCAUGGGGCAUGGUUCAAAAAGUGUAUUGGGUGGUUAGUAGGAGAAGGGAAAAAGGUAAAUUUUUGGGAAGAUACAUGGGUAGGGGAUGAAUCUCUUAGUAGUAGGUUCCCCAGGCUAUAUUCUAUAUUAGAGAGUAAAGAAAGAUACAUAGAGGAGGUUGGUCAAGUGAUAGCCUGGGUUAUGUUUGGCUCCUGGUUGGGUUCCAUGGUAUUGGUGACCUUUGAAUGCUUCAUUCUAUACACUUUGCAUAUACUUAGUCAUGUGUUGGGUCUUUCUGUCUCUGUUUUUGCUAUUGCUCUCUCCCUUCCCAGGGAUAGGGGUCUGGGUGAAGGUCCCUAUCUCCACCUAUUUCAAGAUUUUUGGUGCCCAUCAUUUUAUUUUCAAGGAGUCACCAACUUUCAAAAACAUUUUCAUGCAAAAGACAGUGAUGUUUUUCUUGCCAGCUUUCCAAAAUCAGGUACCACCUGGUUGAAAGCCCUUACUUUUGUCAUUGUAAACCAUCAACGUUUUCCCUCUUUUGAGAACCAUCCAUUACUUUCUUCCAAUCCUCAUGAACUUGUGUCAUUCCCUGAAUUCAUCUUGUCUCAUGAUUUGCAUGACCAAAUUCUUUCCCUCUCCAACAUGAGUGAGCCAAGACUUCUCGCUACUCACUUACCAUUCCCUUCAUUACCGAACUCAAUCACAAAAUCCAAUUGCAAGAUCAUUUAUAUAUGCAGAAAUCCAUUUGAUACUUUUGUUUCAGCAUGGGAAUUCUUUUCUAAAACGAAGUCAGUGUCUUCACCUGAUGCAUUAACAUUCGAGGAAGCGUUUGAAAAGUAUUGCAAUGGGAUAAUGGGGUUUGGUCCAUGGUGGAGUCAUAUGUUAGGUUACUGGAAUGAGAGCAUAACUAGACCAGACAAAGUUUUGUUCUUAAAGUAUGAAGAUCUUAAAGAGGAUGCAGUGUUUCAUGUGAAAAGAAUUGUAGAGUUCUUGGACUCUCCUAUCGCUCAAGAAGGAGAGAGCAGCGCAGUGAUUGAAAACAUAAUCAAUCUAUGCAGAUUUGAGAAGAUGAAGGAUUUGGAAGUGAAUAAAUCAGGAGAAGUAGACAAUAUUGCAGAGAAGAAAAACUUCUUUCGGAAGGGUAAGAUAGGAGAUUGGGUAAAUUACUUUUCUCCUUCUAUGAUAGAAAAGUUAUCCAAAAUCAUUGAAGAGAAAUUAAGUGGAUCAGGUCUAUCAUUUAAAGUGCAUUCCUAAAUUCCUAUGCAGUGAUUACGUA